CUCUGACAAGUACGCGUUCAGUAACAGAAACGCAUCCAUCAUGGUACUCUUCCAGCAGGUCUCUCCCUGGGAGUGCAAGAGUGGCAUGAGUUUAGGACCCAAGCUCUGAUUGAGAGGGGGAAUGAACAGCACUCAGCCUGGAUUACGGUUGCUCAGGCCACCGACAGUGAUAGGCCAGUUCCACACACUUUUCUUUGGCUCUGUUCGGAUGUUCUUUCUGGGCGUCCUGGGCUUUGCAGUCUAUGGCAAUGAAGCUCUCCAUUUUAGCUGUGAUCCAGACAGGAGGGAGUUAAACCUCUACUGUUACAACCAAUUUAGGCCGAUAACACCUCAGGUAUUCUGGGCAUUGCAGCUGGUAACUGUUUUAGUCCCUGGAGCUGUAUUUCAUCUCUAUGCUGCCUGUAAAAACAUUGACCAGGAGGAAAUCCUUCAGAGACCUAUAUACACCGUCUUCUACAUCAUCUCUGUCCUGCUAAGAAUUAUUCUGGAAGUCAUCGCCUUUUGGUUGCAGAGCCAUCUCUUUGGUUUCCAGGUUCACCCACUCUAUAUGUGUGAUGCCAGUGCCCUAGAAAAGACGUUCAAUGUCACAAAAUGCAUGGUGCCAGAACACUUUGAAAAGACCAUAUUUUUAAGUGCAAUGUACACUUUCACUGGGAUCACGGUGCUGCUGUGUGUUGCUGAGAUAUUUGAGAUACUCUGUAGGAGAUUGGGUUAUUUGACCAAUCAAUGACCUGCGUGUUAUUUUGCUACAGAGUAAUUGAUCACAUUUCAAAUUUCUGUGUGUCUAUCCAGGUCUCACAUGGACACCAAUGCCGAAAACUACAUACCUCUGCUUUUUUUUGUUGGGAGUUGACACUCAGACACUUUCCAUUAAUCCCAUUGUUUAAGUCAAGUCACACAGAUUUAAACCUUACUUUGUCAAUAGACUAAUGAUAUUGUUGUGACAUAUGCAGUUUUUCAAUCAUUGGCCCACGUAAGAAAGAAACGUGUUACCAGUAAUUAUAAUAUUUUCCAUAUUUGUACGCAGUGAAAAGUUUUAUAGGAUUCUUGUAGUCUUUUUAGGGGCCUAUAGACAAACCUACAUCCCACAGUAAUGUAAUCUAAUUGUCCAGUACAACAUAUGGCCAAUGUCAUGUCAUCAAUGGUAACAUCCUGAUACCCUACGACAGAAGCUGAAAAUGGGUCAUUUUAAGGCAUAGGCAGGCAACAAAUUCAUCUAAUGAAGCUUAGAUUUGAUUUCAAUAUUUGGCUUUAAUUAUUUUCAGGUCAUAAUACAUUAGUAAUUAUACAUUUUGU